AUGGUAUCUGUAUUUGUAACUGGUGCAAGUGGAUUCAUUGCACAGCACAUUGUUAAGUUGCUCCACGAAAAGGGCUAUAGUGUUGUCGGAACCGUUAGAUCUAGUGACAAAGGUGAAAAAUUAAAAGCAAAUUUAGGGUCCAGAUUUCAAUACGAAGUGGUUCCGGAUAUUAGUACUGCGGGUGCGUUCGAUUCUGCUUUGGAAAAGCACCCAGAGGUUACCGUAGUAUUACACACUGCUUCCCCAUUCUUCUACGACACUACAGACCCGGAGAAAGACUUGAUGGUUCCAGCGCUUGAAGGAACUACGCACAUCUUACUGGCGGUUAAGAAAUAUGCACCCCAAGUGAACAGAUUUGUUAUUACCUCAUCAGAUGCUGCAUUUUACUCUGCAGAUGACGAACAGGAUGGAACCCUUCUGUUCGAUGAAUCAUCCUGGAACAACAUUGGCUGGGAGGAAGCUACAAAGGACCCCAUUUCUGCUUACUAUGGAGCCAAGUCCUACGCUGAGAAAAAAGCGUGGGAGAUUGCGAGACAAGAGGAUACAAAGUUUGUUCUUACAGCUGUUAACCCAGUCUACGUUUUUGGUCCACAGGCCUUUGCCAAUGAAGUCAAGCCUGUUUUGAACACUUCUAACGAACUCAUUAAUAACUUAUUGAAAAUUGGGCCUACUGGUGCUUUUGAUAACGAUAAGGGAGGUUUCAUUGACGUUAGAGAUGUUGCGAAAGCUCACGUGUUGGCCUUUGAAUUGGAAGAGGCUAAAAAUAAGAGGCUCUCUUUGACCAACGGGAAAUUCAGUACCCAGAUGAUGGUUGACAUAUUAAAUAGCCACUUUGAGAAGGAAUUGAAAGGAAAAAUUCCUCUAGGAACUCCAGGAUCUGGUCCAAAGGAUAUAUCUACCUUGGCAAAGGUUUCUAAUAUUAAGACUAAAGAAAUUUUGAACUUUGAUUUCCACACUUUAGAAGAUAUCGUAAUUGAUACCGUUCAGCAGGUUUUUGACUUUCAAAACAAAAAUAGAAUAUAA